CUCCCACUUUAUAAUAAAUAAAUCUUCGGACAGGGCUUGGCUUAGCCACUCUAAUAGAAUCAACUCCAUAAAAUUCCUGAACCGAGCCGUGAAACAGAGAGUGAUCGGAAAACGAUGAUGCUCAGUCUCUACUAAUUCACUGUCGGACACAGAUACAAUGUUCAUGUCCUCACCCUACUCAACUCCCAACUUAUACUGCAAUGAGGUAGCCGCUGAAGUGGUGUCCUCAAAUGCGGACUUGAUCUGUGACCAUGACGUUGAGCAUGAAACUCUGGAUUUACUGUCUUACGACGACAGCUCUAUCAUUAGUCUCUUUGAUUCUGAAAUUGAUCAAAUGCGGGAACUUGAAUCGCUACGUCAUGUUCGUGGUGAUUCUGGCCUUAUCAGUGCUAGAAAAGACGCUGUCAAUUGGAUGCUGAAGGUGCAUACUUGCUACCGGUUUAGGCCCGAAACGGCAUAUCUUUCUGUAAACUAUCUGGAUCGUUUUCUCUCCUCUCAUUCUUUGCCGCAGCAAGGUAGAGGAUGGCCUCUGCAGCUAUUGUCCGUUGCUUGCCUGGCUCUGGCAGCAAAAAUGGAGGAAACAAGCGUGCCACUUUUAUUAGACCUGCAGGUGAAGGAACCCAAAUUCUUGUUCAAGCCCAAAACAGUUCAACGGAUGGAGCUCCUCGUCCUGGCCAAUCUUAAGUGGCGAUUGCGCAUAACUACGCCUUUUGAUUUCGUCCCCUAUUUCAUUUCUAAGUUUUCAUGUCUUGGCUCUCCACGUCCACUAAAUGAUUACAGUCAAGCAUUCUCGCGUGCCUCAGAUCUUAUUAUUAGCGCGUGUCGGGUGAUGGAUUACUUGGAUUGUCCACCAUCUGCAAUAGCAGCGGCUGCUGUGCUAUGCGCAACAGAUCAGAAUGUGGAUCACCGGGAGUUGGGCUACUUUCACAAGAGAGUAAGCAAAGAAUCCGUGAAAACAUGUUUCGAACUUAUGAAGCAGAACAAAUGUCUAAUGGGACACGUUAAACAGCAGAAGUUGCAGCCAGUGCCACCAAUUAUUCCUGUUGCAGAGUUUGAAGCAGGUCUUGGCAGAAGCUGUAAUGCUCAAAAAACUGGGGUAACAAGGACUUGAAGUCAAGCCAAUGUUCAACGAUUUGAACUAAUGCUGAAAGCAAAACUGUUUUUCUUUUUUCUUUUUUUUUUUUUUUUUUGGGUCUUUUCCUUCUUCCUACUAUUUCUUCGAUUCUUUGAAGGUUUUUUCUCGUGUGUUACUACUGCAUUGUAAGAUGAUUGUGAAGGAAGUUUUUUAACAUAUGCAAACAAUAAUGAUGAUUGACAUUAUUAA